AUGAAGAAGGUCAGUACGAGUGAAGCAAACCUAGAACGCAUGUUUGCGCUGAUCGCCAAACACAUGGAGGUGUUAAAGUUGAACAUUUUUAAACCCGAGUGGCGCUUAUCUCUGCGCACCGUACUCGUACUCGUAGCGAUUGGGUUUAUGCCGAUUUUAACAGCAUUCUCGGUCAACAAGUACUACGAACACUUGGAGAUCAAAGUCGAGUGCUUCACGCAGGCCUGUACCGGAGCGCAGGUGUUCAUUCGAUCGUACUUCUAUCUCCGCCAGCGGGACCAGUGCCGGCAACUUGCUACUGAGAUCCGUCGGCAGCGAAUCUCGUACGGUGUCAACGAACACGAACGGAUGGAGCAGUUGUUCCGGCGUGCUACAGAACGGAUGCUGAUGCUGUAUCGCCUGAUGUACGCGAUGUACUGUGGGUCAUUUUUCUUCGUGUUGGGACCGCUGAUAAUGCCUGACUCGCGGAAGGCUAGCCUGCCGUUAGCGUUUCGCAUACCGUACCUACCGCCGGAUGAAAAUCUUCUCUACUGGUGUCUAAACUACUUGCACCAUAUCUUUCUCAUUGUUGUUGGUAUCCACCAUUUGGCCCCAAUCGAUGGGAUAAUCGUGCUGGCAUUGAUUAGCAUCUGCACUAGGAUCAGUGCGCUGGAGCUGCUGCUGAACGAGCUGGACGGGAAGAUUACGGAAUCGAAAUGGCAGCAGACGGAACACCUCGAACCGUGCCUGGAUCGAAUCAUCGAGCUGCACACCGACAUGAAACGGUUUGCGGAACUCGUAAGCAGUACGUUUGAAAUGCAUUUCUUCACCAUAUUCAGCAUGAUCUGUUCGAUCAUCUGUAUGUGCCUGAACGUGAUCGCUGGCCAGCCGAGGAACUCGAUCUAUCCGUUGCUGUUGGCCUCCGUCUGUCAGCUGUUUGUGGUCUGUCUGUUCGGUAAUGUGCUGCUCAUCGUGAACGAUCGGCUACCGAAAAGCAUUUACGGGAUUCAGUGGUACCGGCUCACCGUUACACAGCAGAAGAAGAUCCUGUUUUUGCUCGCCAAUGCUCAAACGGACAUAGUGAUGAGUGCUGUGUUUAAGCCGGUGAACAUGACUUCGUUUGUGGCGGUAGGCGAGAAGGUUAUAACGUCAGACGAGGACCAUAUUAACUAUUCCUAUUUUAUUGCAGGUUUGUCGGGCAUCCUAUUCGUACUUCACCAUACUUCAUUGAAGCGUAUGCAUGCUGAUGAAAUUUAUAUUGAUCCGAACCGAUAA